AUGGGGGCUGAGAAAGACGCCGACACCUUGUCGACUGGCUCCAUGCGUCUGAAGCAGGAGAUCUCUCUGCUCCACGGGGUCUGCCUCAUCGUGGGCAACAUGAUCGGCUCGGGCAUCUUUGUGUCUCCCAAAGGGGUUCUCUUCUACACAGGCUCCUUCGGGCUGUCUCUGGUGGUGUGGGCCAUCGGCGGGGUCUUCUCCGUGUUCGGGGCUCUGUGCUACGCCGAGCUGGGAACAACCAUCCGCAAGUCUGGGGCCAGCUAUGCAUAUAUCCUGGAGUCCUUUGGAGGCUUCCUGGCUUUUAUUAGGUGAGGUUCCCCCCUCUUAUUCCACUUUCAGAUGUAUAUACAGUGAGGGGAAAAAAGUAUUUGAUCCCCUGCUGAUUUUGUAUGUUUGCCCACUGACAAAUAAAUGAUCAGUCUAUAAUUUUAAUGGUAGGUUUAUUUGAACAGCGAGAGACCGAAUGACAACACAGAAAUCCAGAAAAAUGCAUGUAAAAAAUGUAAUAAAUGGAUUAGCAUUUUAAUGAGGGAAAUAAGUAUUUGACCCCCUCUCAAUCAGAAAGAUUUCUGGCUCCCAGGUGUCUUUUAUACAGGUAACAAGCUGAGAUUAGGAGCACACUCUUAAACGGAGUGCUCCUAAUCUCAGCUUGUUAUCUGUAUAAAAGACACCUGUCCACAGAAGCAAUCAAUCAAUCAGAUUCCAAACUCUCCAACGUGGCCAAUACCAAAGAGCUCUCCAAGGAUGUCAGGGACAAUAUUGUAGACCUACACAAGGCUGGAAUGGGCUACAAGACCAUCGCCAAGCAGCUUGGUGAGAAGGUGACAACAGUUGGUGCGAUUAUUCGCAAAUGGAAGAAACACAAAAGAACUGUCAAUCUCCCUCAGCUGGGACCAUAGUCACCAAGAAAACAAUUGGUAACACGCUACGCUGUGAAGGACUGAAAUCCUGCAGCGCCCGCAAGGUCCCCCUGCUCAAGAAAGCACAUAUACAGGCCUGUCUGAAGUUUGCCAAUGAACAUCUGAAUGAUUCAGAGGAGAACUGGGUGAAAGUGUUGUGGUCAGAUGAGACCAAAAUCGAGCUCUUUGGCAUCAACUCAACUCGCCGUGUUUGGAGGAGGAGGAAUGCUGCCUAUGACCCCAAGAACACCAUCCCCACCGUCAAACAUGGAGGUGGAAACAUUAUGCUUUGGGGGUGUUUUUCUGCUAAGGGGACAGGACAACUUCACCGCAUCAAAGGGUUGAUGGACGGGGCCACGUACUGUCAAAUCUUGGGUGAGAACCUCCUUCCCUCAGCCAGGGCAUUGAAAAUGGGUCGUGGAUGGGUAUUCCAGCAUGACCCAAAACACACGGCCAAGGCAACAAAGGAGUGGCUCAAGAAGAAGCACAUUAAGGUCCUGGAGUGGCCUAGCCAGUCUCCAGACCUUAAUCCCAUAGAAAAUCUGUGGAGGGAGCUGAAGGUUAGAGUUGCCAAACAUCAGCCUCAACCUUAAUGACUUGGAGAAGAUCUACAAAGAGGAGUGGGACAGAAUCACUCCUGAGAUGUGUGUAAACCUGGUGGCUACAAGAAACGUCUGACAUCUGUGAUUGCCAACAAGGGUUUUGCCACCAAGUACUAAGUCAUGUUUUGCAGAGGGGUCAAAUACUUAUUUCCCUCAUUAAAAUGCAAAUCAAUUUAUAACAUUUUUGACAUGCGUUUUCCUGGAUUUUUGUUGUUGUUAUUCUGUCUCACUGUUCAAAUAAACCUACCAUUAAAAUUAUACACUGAUCAUGUCUUUGUCAGUAGGCAAACGUACAAAAUCAGCAGGGGAGCAAAUACUUUUUUCCCCUCACUGUAGGUUUCUCAUUGAGAGAAUCUAUUUACCAAAGUACAAAAUCUAUUUUAUGUAUAGGGCUUUGAGCAUCUAUAAAAGCUCUAUAUAAAUUGUAAUUUAUUCAUUAAUUCUCUAAUUUCUUCUUGUUUUUAAUUAUCAGGCUGUGGACAUCCCUGAUGAUCGUGGAGCCAGCCUGCCAGGCUGUCAUAGCCCUCACCUUCUCCAACUACCUUGUGCAGCCCUUCUACCCCACCUGCACAGCCCCUUACGAUGCUGUGAGACUCAUAGCAGCAGCCAUCAUCGGUAAGAUGAGCUGAGCUCACUUAUUUUCCUCCCUCUGCCUGUUUUGAAGUACGGAGAUACUUCCUGAACUUGUCCAAUAAGAACACAGAUUUCUGUUCUCGGUUGCAAAAUGUUUUUCUACUUUGUGCUACUGAACUCAACCCAGAAGUUUGAUCACACUACUACAUUCCUUUUGAUGUUUGUCCUCCCUUAAUGCUUACCUGCCCUGCAGGUCUUUAAAGUGCACCUGUGUGUUUACUUUGUAGCUUUCAUAUCCUGUUGCAUUGCUGUGGUUUUCAGGGGAAUAUGCGUGUGUUUGUGUUCAUUUGGAGCCCCUCAAGGUCAGAUAUGUGCUUUGUUGUCUGA